AUGAAGGUGUUUGGUUUUAUGGUAUAUUUUACAAUGCUUUUGAAAGGUGCUGUUGCUGCCCAGGGGAGGUACGCUCAGAAACUUCUCAAUGACCUGAUGGAGAACUACUCCAGCGCCCUGCGGCCAGUUGAGGACACGGACAAAGCCCUAAAUGUCACCCUUCAGAUCACCCUCUCCCAGAUUAAAGACAUGGAUGAGAGGAAUCAGGUGCUGACUGCAUACCUGUGGAUACGACAGAUCUGGCAUGAUGCCUACCUGACAUGGGACAAAGACAAAUACGAUGGCCUGGAGGUCAUCCGCAUUCCCAGCAACCUGGUUUGGAGACCUGACAUUGUCCUUUACAACAAGGCAGAUGAUGAUUCUUCUGGGCCGGCUGAUACCAACGUGGUCCUUCGCUACAACGGCGAGAUCACCUGGGACUCCCCGGCAAUCACAAAGAGCUCUUGUGUAGUAGACGUAUCCUACUUCCCCUUUGACUACCAGCAGUGCAACUUGACCUUUGGGUCCUGGACAUACAAUGGUAAUCAGGUGGACAUCACCAUGGCCAUGGACAGCGGAGAUCUUUCUGAUUUUGUGGACAAUGUGGAGUGGGAGUGCCAGGGUAUGCCUGCAGUAAAGAAUGUCAUCAUGUAUGGCUGCUGCUCGGAUCCUUACCCUGACAUCACCUACACACUGCUCCUCAAGCGGCGCUACUCCUUCUACAUCUACAACCUACUCCUCCCUUGCGUUAUGAUCUCAUUCCUGGCACCACUGAGCUUUUAUUUACCCGCAGACUCUGGGGAGAAGGUGUCCCUGGGGGUCACUGUACUCCUGGCCUUGACAGUCUUCCAACUCAUGGUGGCUGAGAGCAUGCCACCCUCAGAAAGCGUGCCUCUCAUUGGCAAGUACUACAUAGCAACGAUGACAAUGAUUACAGCCUCAACAGCGCUGACCAUAUUCAUCAUGAACAUCCACUUUUGUGGGGCCGAGGCCAAGCCUGUUCCUCACUGGGCCAAGGUCCUCAUCAUCAACUACAUGUCAAAGAUAUUUUUUGUGUAUGAAGUGGGUGAGAACUGUACCACACCACAGAGUGAGUCCUUUUCGCUCUACCCAGAAGAACUGCAAGUCAAUGGGGAGCUCAAAAGGCACAACCACCAUCAACAUGACAAUACAUCUCAAAGGCCCUCCCACAAGUCCAAGAAGUACCACUACAUUGGACGGAAGGAAUGUGACUGUAAUGGCAGCAUCAGUGCUGGCCUAAAGGAUGAGCUCUGCUACCCAGAAAAGGUUGUCUGCUAUCCAUGCAGCUGUUGCCACCAUGAAAAACUCAUAAGGAACAUCGAGUACAUCGCCAAAUGCUUCCGAGACCAAAAGGCCAAUUGCAUUAAAGGUGCUGAGUGGAAGAAGGUGGCCAAAGUCAUGGACAGGUUCUUCAUGUGGGUUUUCUUCAUCAUGGUCUUCCUCAUGAGCAUCCUCAUCAUAAGCAAGGCCAACUGA